GAGAGGUGUCAAACAGAAAUGAUGUAAAAAUGACCGAAAACUCUCCGGAUAAACUUAUUGAGAGGUGUAGUCGUCACCCGCAGCGGUAGUUUGGAUAAUCCCCCCACUGGAAGCAGCCGUAGGUGUAGACUUUAUAGACUAACUGCGCCUCUUCAGUUGAGUCGAGGAAAUUCGGUUUAACUCACUUUUGAACCCGCGACAUUGACCGUCGAGCUAACUUAGUUAGCGUCAGUUGAGCUAACGAGAGUCCGUAAACUAGCCAAACUAAACAGUAGCAAGGGAGCCGGCUUAGCUAACAUUAACAUGUAAGUUGGGCGCAGCUGGUGGUGUAAACGUUAGCUAGUCACUUAGGUUAGGUUUGUCGUUCAUCUCUCGUGUACGUCGCGUUCCGCGCGGUAUCCAGCCGGUGGCUGGCGGCAGGGCUGACACCAAAGGCAGAAGAAGAUGUCUCGGAGGCGGCUGGACAGCCGCAGCGGGCUCUCCGCGGGGCUGCUCGGCGAAAUCCAGACCCCGAUCAGCACGGAGCCGAUGGAAAGUGUGUAUGAACUCACCGGAGAACUUGGAAGGGGGAAAUUUGCUGUGGUCAAGCGUUGUGUCGAGAAGGCCACAGGGAAAGUGUUUGCUGCCAAAUUCCUUCGGAAGAGGAGGCGAGGUCGCGACUGCCGGGCAGAAGUCACUCAUGAGAUGGCCGUCCUGGAGAUGGCCCGCAACAACGCCCGAGUGGUCAACCUGCACGCCGCUUACGAGACAGAUCACGACAUCGUCUUAGUGCUGGAAUAUGCGGCAGGUGGAGAGAUAUUUGACCACUGUGUGUCUGAGGAGCUGCUGCCAGAGGCCCAGAUCACUCGUCUGAUCAGGCAAACACUGGAGGGAGUCCACUACCUCCACCAGAGCAACCUGGUGCACUUAGACCUGAAGCCACAGAAUAUUCUCCUGACCAGCCUGUCUCCUCCAGGAGACAUCAAGAUUGUAGACUUUGGCCUGGCACGCAGACUGGGUGCGGUUGGUGAGCUCAGAGAGAUUCUUGGCACACCUGAAUAUGUGGCUCCAGAGAUCCUGAAUUACGAGCCAAUCACAACAGCGACUGACCUGUGGAGUGUGGGUGUUAUAGCCUACAUGCUGGUGACGGGUGAGUCUCCGUUCGCAGGAGACGACAAGCAGGAGACGUUUCUGAACGUGUCCCAGGUCAGCGUGGACUACAGCAGGGAGGCCUUCUCCAGGGUGUCUGAGCUGGCCGUGGACUUCAUCCGCAAGCUGCUGGUCAAAGCGCCAGAGGACCGGCCCAGCGCUGCAGAGUGUAUGAGCCACCCCUGGCUGUGGCAGCAGCAGCUCUGUCUGAGCCCCGACCCUACCAGCACCCGCACCGUCCGCGACAGGAGCUGCGGCACCAAGUGGGCGGCGCCACCCGAAGACCCCGAAGACAAGGAGAACUUCCUGGAGUCGCCCCACUCUCACGCAAAAAGGUUUCGCUUCGACGAGGAAACGGCCGCCGCCGGAGACGGUGACUUUUGAGAGAGUGAAAUGUGGAAGGGGAGGAGAGGGGAGACGUUUAAGGCAGCAGCGCUCUUUUAAGCCUUCAGAAAACCAGCUGUCCGCUGCCCGCUACUCAAAAGUACUUCGCCUGUGUUUAUAUUCCACUAAUUCUCAAAAUUCCAAGAUCGACCACUCAGACCAAAGAUAACCAGCUAAAUUUUGAGAUCACUGAUCCAUCGUUGUUUAAAGGUGUGAAAGUUGUACAGUAUGUCUGAAUUAAUGCAUUGUGUUUAACCUAAAGUAUUUAAUAUGUUUCAUUGUUCAAAUUUGUGGUGUUUUCAAAGGGCUGCGUACGCCCACGCUGUGUCGAUGCCCUCAUGAAGGCUAGUGUGGAGUAUUUCUAGGGAAAUCUAUGCAAUACUUCCCUCGAGCGUUUUAAUUUUCUGAAGAAACCUUAAAGAAGUUAAUAAUAGUUCUGCCUUAAAGUCAGACGUUAGUCACCAGGGCUGGUUACUAUUUAGUUGCACUUUUGCUUCAGCAGGACUGUGUGAUGUGGAGAUAAGCGCCUCUGCAAUGAGGAAGUCUGAUAAUGUCCGUAUUUGCAUGUUAUGGAGAAUUAUGGACAGCAGCAUCAUAGGCAACCAGGCUCCCGACUUCAGCCUCUGUGUUUUCAUGUCACUGUUUUUAAUUGCUGCUGUCUCUGUCAUAGCUCCAUCUCUUUCCACCGGCAUCAUUUCAGAAUUUCACAUCCAAGCUGCACUUUGGGCUUUCAAAACAACCGGCGGAAGGAAGGGCAGAAUUACACACAAGCAUAUUACAUUCCUUAUAUGUUUGCAUUUCCCUCAAAGUCAAACUUCUCAUUUUCUCCAUGUCUGCAGUAACACGAGUGUUUAAAUUUAGCUCAGGGUUUUAGAUGAAACUCAUUUUAUUAACUUAAACCUUAGCAUAGUCCCCUUCCAAAGAGCUGAGAGGCUUCCACAUUUAGUGGCAGCGUUGUUCUGCUUCGACAGAAAGGCUUAAACCGAGCAGCAAAUCAUGGUAUUCACUUCAUUUUUUGUUUAUCCUUUUGUAGUAAGCUAGAAACUGUAACGGCUCAUAAAAAAAAAAACAGUGACUCAUGCAGUUGCUCACUUGCCACACCCGCACUCCCUGAAAGGAUGUCCUCACGAGCCGCAAGUUCCUCUUUGUUAGCCGGCAGAAGACAACCGCAGCUCGAGCACUUACUUCACAAGCACAUGUAUCGAACCAAUACGCAAAACAGGAGCUAUUUAUGAAAGUGUGUCUUUCAGUCCCUCACCAAAGCCAUUCAGUGUGCGCUCAUUAAAAGCUACUCUCGUCCUGUUGGGUCAAGGUGCCUGAAGUGAUAUAUUCCUGUCGUCUUCAUCUCAGGGCAUGCUGCUCGCUCUCUGCUCACUUUGUUGUCUAUUCUUAAUGUUAUUCUUAUAGGCCUAUUAUUAUUAUUUAUGUGCUGGACUUCUACUUUAUAUUUUUAUGUAAAUAAUGUGCUCACAUGUCUUAUAUGGAAGUGUUGAGAUUAUAGUGGGUAAUUUAGGAUGAUUAUGGUGUUAUUUAAAAUAAGAAGUUGCUGUUGUGGUCGCAGUGUAUCGAAUAAUAAAUGGAAAUGUUUGACUGCAGCGAAUUGGGAAGGUGAAGGCGAGGAUUAGGUUUUAGGUGGUACUAGGAAGUAAAGCAAAUGAGUCAGAUGGUUUUAGUCAGGAGGAAGAUGAUUAAAUAUGUUGAUGGAGCUGGAAUGUGUGUUGAAAGAAGCAUUUAAAGGAACAGUUUGAUGUCGAGUGUUAAGAUAUGUAGGCAUGAAAGGCUUUUUAGGUGAUGAGAAAGUGGGAAUGAUGUUUUCAGUGUCGUUUUAUAAAGAAAUGGAUGUUUGUCCCAAGAAGCUGGCAGAACCUUUGCUCAAUGUGAAACAUGAGGUGCUAUUGAUUCACGGGAUUUGCGUCUUUUGUUCGAGUAAGACUCGAAUGAAAGCACCUCACCUCUCCUAAAGUGCAGAUUGUGAUUUCUCUCAACCUCCAGUGAAACAUUCCUCUUUUUGUUCCGAGGUGCCAUUCUCAGUAAGACCACAUUGCGUUUUUUGUUUGUUGUUGUCACCAGCUGGUACAAUGGCCUUUGUGUUGGGAGCUGGGCGUCUCCAGCCACGGCCAUGCUCUCAUCUGUAUGCUGUCAUCCUCAAAAACUGGAACGCCACACUGUAAAAGAUCUUCAUCUCAACGAGUGAUUUAAUCUCACCCAAGUCAGCAGAUUCUACCUGAGCUUGUAGUAAGCGCUUUCUCCAAGCAGCUGGGAAGUAUAUCAGAAAAAAAAAGCUUGAAUCUUACUUUUCAAAGUCUACUCCGCUUUUCCUGAUACCUCUCCAAACACAUGAGUGUGUGGAAAUAAUCUCGAUCCAGGCUGGAAGGAUGUGAUUUGACGCGGGAGGUUAUUAAGCAGCAUCUGAAAAAAAAAAAAAAUCAAGAUUUUAAGACUUGACAGAUAGCCUGACCUGGAGGGAGAAGAUGGACUGUUUUGCAGCGCAGUGAUGUCAGGGAUCUCACUUUGCAGGAUGACGAAAUGCUCGAACAUGUCAGACAAAGUGGCUCGUGUUUGCUGGCAUUGUCUGUCUGUCACUUGAACGUGAUUUAUGCUGUGGUGUUGAUUUUCUUAUUUUGUACAGCUAUUGUACUGUUAUUUUCAGCAGCUAGUCACUCGGUGGCCUGUGUGUGUGUGUGUGUGUGUGUGUGAGAGAGUGCUCAUUGUCUGAGCGGGAGGUGCUUAGCUGGCAUUCAGGCCGUCGUCCUCCAGAAGUGGAGCACCGGUGACAUCAGGCGACUGAUGUCACCCAGCAUUCCUGUUUGUUGUGAGACUGAAGGAUACUGUAGUCAAACCAGCCACAAGCACAAGCAAAUAAAUGUUCAACAGAU